GUGACUGAAAAGGGUCCGUAAAACCCGACAGUUUAGGACUUCAGGGACAUGGACAUAAACAAAGCAUCGACGUAGAUUAUAAAUAAUUGAUUGAUUCAGGAAUUAUAGGUUUACGUGACAAACAGAAACAACAGCCUAUACGAGACGGUGUGGACGGACCGUUGUUAUAAUUCAGGCUCUUCUUGGGCACUCUUGGAUUAUUGCAGUCUGCGAGGACCUUACUCCACCAUGGCGGCGCCCAGUGGUCCUCUUAACUGUGAGGACUUUUCAAUGUUUCAGGAGGUGUUAAAAGUUAUGCGUACUAUUGAUGACCGUAUUGUCCACGCACUCAACACUACUGUACCCACUGCAUCCUUCUCAGGCAAAGUGGAUGCCGCUAAGACCUGCAAGGACCUCUAUGAAUCUCUGAUGGAAGCUCAUCUCAGUAGAGAGAAAGCAAUAAAAAAGUGUAUUAGAGAAACUUCCGCUGUCGUUGGGCAGUUACGUGAAGAGAGAGCAAAGGACAGUGAUAACCUGUCACUUAUUAAGCAACUCAGGAAAGAGCAAACCAAGUUAAAACUCAUGCAGUCUGAGCUGAACGUUGAAGAAGUUGUCAACGACCGCAGUUUGAAGGUUUUCAGUGAGAGGUGUCGAAUUUACUACACCCCACCUAAGAUCAAGUGACUCUGUUUCCUCUUUUGCAACCUGCAGAGUAUUUACACCAUUGGCUGUGGUCCACAGCUGGAGCCAAGACUGGAUUCUGCCCUUCAGACUCUGUGCCUCCUCCUCCCCCUCCCCUCAGACCCAGUGCCCUCUCCUUACCUAACUGUAAUACACCUUCUAUGUAUUCAUAUAGAUGUUUGACAAAAUGGAUUUUAUAAAGAUUCUUUUUUCCAGUG